AUGCCGCAGCCGCAGCCUUUGUCGCCGGUUGACGAGCGGGACAGCUCAUCGAAGCCUUAUCCGACGCCAGACCCAACCCUGACAGCCCUUUCUCAGCUGGGCGUAUUCCAACUGAGCUGCACAUGUGCAUUCGUGACGGCGUUCGAGAAUGGACAGACGCAUAUCAUCGCAGAAGUAGGGUCAGCCGCUUUGAGGGACACAAAGACAUCGGCUCUUGGCUCGAUGACACUGGGUCUACCUGUGGACGAAGAUGACGCGCUCAGAGAUCCCGCCGCGAUGAAGAGUGCCAGCAACAUCAUUCGGGACAUUUCGAUGCGGAGUGACAUCGAGUCACACACCUUUGUCGAGCAGCACCCCCAUGCCAGGUUCUACGCGGAGGUUCCGGUGUGCAGCUCAUCGGGGGAGAUUAUUGGUACGUACGGUGCUGUCGACACUCGAGCUCGACGGUCUUUCGGGGACUCCGAGUUGGCAGGUCUCCGUGAUAUCUCGAAUUCGAUAGCAAACUACCUGGAAACUGUUAGGACCGCGCGUCGUCACGUUCAGGCGGACCGUUUGCUCAACGGGCUCACGGCUUUUUCCAAAGGCCAGGCCAGUGCCCAGAAUCCUGAUUGGAGCAAUCGCCGGAAGAGCCUCGUAGCUAGCAGGGCUUCGCCUCGAUCGCUGGACGUGCCGGAUGUUGCUCGUCUGUCCGUCUCGUCCACGACUACCCGCGAAGUCUCACCGUCCUCGGGCAGGCACCAGGAAACCCCGCAGGAGUCGCCCUUCUUCCAACGUCGCACCUCUGGUACUUUUCAGGCAAUUUCGCCCUGGGAGCAGCAGCUGAAUUCCCGGAAGAAGUCAGUAGACACGAACAAAAUAGUGAUUGUCCCAGCGUCUACCGCACAAUCGGAGAAGACAUCACAAUUGUUUGCUCGUGCUAGUGUCCUGUUACAAGAAUGCAUGGAGUUGGAUGGUGUUAUCUUUGUGGAUGCAUCCCGGACCAAUUCCCGCAGUAGCUCCACUGCUAGCGUAGGUGACUGGGACAUGCUGUCGAGAGAUAGUGAGGUGGGCAUGUCCAGUCGGUCACCGAGUCUCUCAUCGCAUGGACAAUGGGCUGAGAGAUCUUGCGAGACUCUGGGGUUCGCCACCUCGGUCCGGACGACCGAGAGCAAUGCCCACUCCCCUCGCCCGGCAUUGACCGAGGGCUUAUUCCAUGACCUAUUUAACGCAUGUCCCACGGGGGAGAUCUUUAAUCCUCCACAGUCGAUGGGGCUUUCGCCCCCCAAGUCUUUGCACUUGAGACGGAACAGUCAAUGUCGGAAAGAGAGCGACCCUACUUUGCGUCAGACUGUUGAGACUCGGCUGGCGCAAACCUACCCCGAGGCUCGGUCCUUCAUCUUUCUACCCUUAUGGAACUGGAACAAAUCACGCUGGCUGGCUGGUACAUUGAUCUGGACGGGUGAAGAAGACCGUGUGUUUGAUCAGGAGGAUCUCCACUUCUUGAAAGUGUUUGGUGACUCUGUGGUGUCUAAGUACUGUCAAAUCGACUGGACGGGGACCGAAAAGUCGAAGUCGGAUCUCCUUUCCUCGGUCAGCCAUGAAUUGCGGUCGCCCUUGCACGGCAUGCUCACCAGCACGGAGCUUCUACAGUCGACCGGGCUCGAGUCGGCCCAACAGGACAUGGUGACCAUGAUUGAGACGUGUGGAUUGACAUUGUUGGAUACUGUGAACCAUUUACUUGACUUCACCAAGAUUAAUAACCUGACCCUCACACACAAAAAGGCUGGGAUCAGCGGAAGCGUGAUGGACAAGUUGAUAACCGAUUUUGAGUUGGACACCCUCAUCGAGGAUGUAGCUGACUCGCUGUACGUUGGCCAUCGGUCUCUGAUCAAUGCUUCCAAGAUUGCGGGGCGCUACUUGCAGACCGGCACUGCUAUGACAAGUGCAGCUGCCGGAGCUGCGAAAGCCAGCAACCCUGAUGAUUUGUCUGUCAUCAUUCAGAUCGAGGAUCUCGGUUCGUGGAAUAUUCAGUCGUUAUCGGGCGGCUGGCGCAGAAUCGUUAUGAACGUUCUGGGCAAUGCGUUCAAAUUCACGACGUCGGGUUAUAUCGAGAUCUCCCUCGCGAAAAAGGUCCAGAGGGCUGCGGGAUCCAAGCAAGUCUAUGCGCACUUCUCAGUGACUGACACAGGAUGUGGCAUCUCGCCUGACUUUCUCCAACAUCAACUGUUCAUGCCCUUCGCGCAAGAAAAUAUCUUGACUGAAGGGGUGGGGCUAGGGUUGAGCGUGGUCAACCAGGUGGUGACCUACUUGGGAGGAGAGGUGGAUGUGAAGAGCACCGUCGGCGUUGGGACGCAGGUCGACGUGUAUGUGCCUUUGGACUUUGUGGCAGAGACCUUUGCGCCGACUGAAUCGAUUUCCAAUCCGACCACACGAGUGUCAUUGAUCGGGCUGAAUGCGUACGCCGAUCUGAGGCAAGCUCCGGACGGACUCUUGCGGCCGGAAGCCAAACGCAAACUUUCCCUCCGAAGCGCACUAAGUAAUGUACUGUUGAGCCAACCGGGUUGGAUAGUGUCAUUUGCAGACUCGAUCGAGAAAGCCAGUGGAGACAUCGGGGUCAUCGAAGAAUCGACGUUGAAGGCACUUCACAAGCAGGGGGGGUCCCGAAUGACAAUCAACACGCUCAUUGUGAUUGGGGAACAGGGUGUGUCACUCCCUCCGGACCUCACUAUCGAGGGCGUGGAUGUGAUCUACAUCCCUCAACCUAUCGGUCCGCGCAAGAUCAUCCAAGCUCUCCAACGAAUCAACGAAUCACAUCAACAGACCCCCUCCUUGGAGCAGGAUUACAUCAUUGGUCCAUUUUCUGGCGCUCCGCGAGGUCGCAGCUUAUCGGAUGCGUUCGCUCUGGCCAAAGGCUCCGAGUCACCGCCAGUGGUGAGGGAGAAUGUCUCCGAAUUCGCCCCCAGUAUUCCCCAGGCAUCGCGAGAACACGACCUUCACGUGCUGAUUGUGGAUGAUAAUGACAUCAAUGUCAAGAUCCUAACAACCUUUAUGCGCAAAAUCGGCUGCAGCUACGAAACCGCCACCGAUGGCCUCAUCGCCCUUGAGAAAUUUAAGGCUUCGACGAAACGCUUCGACUAUGUUCUUAUGGAUAUCUCGAUGCCCGUGAUGGACGGGAUCGAAUCCUCAAGCAAAAUGCGCGAAUUCGAGGAGGAGAACGCGCGCCCGCGCACCGCCAUCAUGGCUGUGACCGGGGUGGCGUCGAGCGAGAUGCAGCAGCAGGCCUUCGCGGCGGGGAUCGAUGACUACCUGGUCAAACCCCUGUCGCUUCACGACUUGAAACGAAUAAUGAAUAUUGCAUGA